AUGGAGUACAAAGCUCUUGCAUAUCUGCUGCUAUGCAAGAAGAAAUUAACGACUGAGGGUAAAUUACCUGGUAACACACCGUUUGAUGAGUCUGGAAAUGAUGCCAAACUCUUUAGCAUCCCAAAAGUUAGCAAUGCCCAAGAAGAAUUACAGCAGUGUCUUGCUCAAAAUGCUACAGGUAAUCCUAAGAUUAUUCAUGCAACAGAGAGGCAUGCUGGUGGAAUCAUUCAAGCUGUUGGUCAUUUUAAGUUAGGUACAAAUUUAUUUCCCAUAGAUAUUCAAGACUUUAAGGGCUAUAAGUAUCCAUCUGGUGUUUAUCUCCAUCCUUCUGGUGCUGAACCAACUCUUGCAAUUGCAUAA